AUGUCGAGCAACACACCGCCUUCCGACACUCCUCCUCGUCCUCAAGGACCGCGUCAACCUCCACCGGUCGUCUGGCCUAACCUCCAGCGAACGGGCUUGAUUGCUCGGCGAAUCUUGUAUGCUGGAGUGAUUGGAUACACAUUUUGGUCUUGGUGGGAGCAGAGGAAGAGAGCAAAGGAGGCACUGAAAAUAUACCCAGACACAAUCCUGACAUGGAAACUUGAUCGGACAUAUAUAACGGAAGCCCAGAAUCAACGUACUGGGCUCCUUGGCGCUCUCUCGCGAGGGGCCCUAAGUAGCUUGACACUUUUUGAUGCUGUACGGAUUUUGAAAUGGGCCAAGGAUGAUGAUCGUGUUAGAGGUUUGGUCGUCGAUUUAAGUUCAUCUGGUGUUCCAGGCACAGCUCGGCCACAACUGGGUUUUGCCCAAGUCCAAGAGCUUCGGAAUGCAAUUAACGAAUUCAAGGAAGCCAAACAAAAAAAGUUUGGACAGGUCGGAUAUAAACUUGUUGCAUGUACGGAUACGUUCGAUAGUCAGUUGCUGUAUUAUCUUGCUACGGCAUUUGAUGAAGUCUGUAUGGAACCAGUGGGAAGUCUUCCGAUUUUUGGAGUCGGUAUGGCGCAACCGUUCCUGCGUCGAUUGCUCGAUAGACUUGGAAUUGUUGUGCGGGCGUCUGCUGUUGGAGAAUACAAGUCCGUCCAUUCAAUGUUUACAUCGACGGAUUUCCCACAGCCCCAAAAGGAAAACCUCGCGCAGCUUUUGGCUUCCCUCAAUGACCAGCUAAUAACCGGGAUAGCAAACGCCCGGGCAAAGGUUGUCCAAACCUUGAUGGACAAUGCUCCUCUAACUUCAACUGAAUCCCUCACGACAGGCCUCAUUGAUAAGCUAACCUACAAGCACCACACCUACCCGCAUGGCCACCGUAAAGAGCAUCACCGGCGAACCCAAGAAGGGCAGCCAUCGAUGCCACUCUCGCGGUACUUUGUAGCCCGUACCGCAGAAGAAGAAGUCACGGAUGCACUCAAGAUUGCGGCAGGAAAUGACAAGGUUACUGUUGGGUUGGUAUACCUUGUUGGACCCAUCAUUAGAGGGGACGGCAGAUUUGGUAGCAAUGAGGUCGCGAGGGCGCUCGGGGAGUGUGCUGCGGAUAAGGAUGUUGAUGUGGUUUUGUUUAGGAUUGAUUCCGGUGGAGGGGAUGCAGUGGCUACCGAGACAAUCUGGGAGGCUGUCAAACAUGCUCAAGAAGUCUCUGGCAAACCCGUCAUUGCCAGUUACGGUAAUAUGGCUGCAUCCGGUGGAUAUUAUUGCACAGCUCCAUGCCAGAAGAUAAUUGCUAAUCCGGGCACAAUUACCGGGUCCAUCGGCGUCGCCAGUGCUCGGCCUGUCAUAACUCGCAAGUUUCAAGACAAUAUAGGUGUCACCUUUGGCGAAAUUUACACCACCAAAGGCGCACAAUUUCAGUCCCUUCUCCACGAUCUCCGAGGGAACGCUCUAAGGCGCUAUCAUGGUCAAACAGCAGCCCUAUAUGAAACCUUUCGUAAACGUGUCAUGGACGGCCGACAGCUGAACCUUGACCAAGUUGAACAUGCUGCACGCGGUCGGGUCUGGACAGGUGUUCAGGCUCUCGGAUUGGGUCUCGUUGAUCAGCUGGGGGGAAUUUGGAAUGCCAUAGAUGUCGCAGUCGACACAUCUCUCCAGAACAGAAAAGAAAAGGCCAAAACGUCAUUGAUCAAAAAGAUUGUGCACAAGGAAGGCGAGAAGCCGGUGGUGCUCUUUAAAGUUUAUCCUCGCCCCAAGAGUUUCUGGGAAGUGAUAAUGGAGGCAGAAGGUUUGGAAGACGUAUUCGCGGAGAUUGGAGGAAAGGGACAGGAAGGGCUUGCUGAAAUUGUGGAGCAGGCUGUUGGGGGCGUUGUCAAAAAGCAGAUCGAGACUGCUAUCGGUGGACAAGACAGCUUGGCAAUGGAAGAGGAUGUUAUUUGGUGA